UUCUUCUCCCCUCUUCCAAAAAAAUUAAGAGUAAUCCUACCACCUAGAACAACCAACUUUUUUUCACCGGAAUUCUAGCUUUAUCAACUCGAAAAACCAAACAAAACUAGUCAAAAUGGUCAAAGCAGUUGCUGUCAUCCGUGGUGACUCCAAGGUCGCCGGAACGGUCACCUUCGAGCAGGCCUCCGAGUCCGCCCCUACUACCGUCUCGUGGGAUAUUACCGGACACGACCCUAACGCCAAGCGUGGCUUCCACAUUCACACCUUCGGUGACAACACCAACGGCUGCACCUCUGCUGGUCCUCACUUCAACCCCCACGGAAAGACUCACGGUGACCGAACCGACGACACCCGCCACGUUGGUGACCUCGGCAACAUCGUCACUGAUGGCCAAGGAAACGCUAAGGGAUCCGUCCAAGACUCUCUUAUCAAACUGAUCGGACCUGAGAGCAUCAUCGGCCGAACUGUCGUCAGCCACGCUGGCACCGAUGACCUUGGAAAGGGUGGUAACGAGGAGUCUCUCAAGACCGGCAAUGCUGGUGCUCGACCCGCCUGCGGUGUCAUUGGUAUCUCCAACUAAAUUUAUGACGAAUGGGAUGAAGCUAGGGAUAAGAAUUGACCUAGUUAGACGAGUUUAAACGCCGCAUAACAUUGUAGUUGAUCGUACCUAGCUCUUCUUUGGUAUAAACCUUACUUGGUAGCUAUUGAAGCCAUUUCAAUUCAAAUAAAUCUUCCAUCAAA